UCUUGUAGAUGAAAAAUAAAACACAAGGCGUUAUAUUAUAUGAGUACGGAAUGAUUAUCAUCCAGAUAAUUGCAUUUCGCCAAAUGUUUAUCACAUGACCCUACGUGUAAUUGAUAUCUUAAUACAGUAUUAACGUUAGCUGAUUUCUAACUUUAUAAUAUACGUAUACAGUCACAAAAGAUUAUGCGAGGCAUUUCAGUCCAUCAACCUGCAGGAGACUCUGCCAACAACAUAAAUGAAGUUACUUCCCUAGUUAUUUGAGCAGAAAUUUAAACUCAUCAUGAUGCAUGGUCUCGAAAGUAUGCAAAACAUUGACAAAGUUUGCAAAACUUCACAAAUCCUGAAAAGAAAAACGUGAUUUUUAAACUAUUCCACAAUGAAGUGCUAAAUACUUGACAAAGCAUUCUCAAAUGAAAAAAUGAAGAUACAUAUUUAUAUUCAUUUUAGACUUGUCAUUUUUUGCUUUGCAACAAUUUAUAUUAAUGCUGAUACAAAAAUUUUCAAGCGAAUAGAUAUAGGUACUGAUUAUAAAUUUAGGUUAGGUGGGCUCUUUCCUGUCCACAACAGAGGGUACAACGAAACUAUGUCCUGUGGGGACAUUCUUAUAGGUAAAGGCGUCCAACGUCUGGAGGCAAUGCUGUACGCCAUAGACCAAAUCAACAACAAUCAAACCUACUGGAAUUUCACUCUUGGAGCUACAAUCUUAGAUACCUGUUCUUUUGACUCCUAUGCUCUUGACCAAUCCCUGCAAUUCCUGCAGUCAUCUUGCGAUUCCAUCAAAAGAAGGGUAACCGGAGUUGUUGGUGCUGCCAAUAGCGCAGUAUCGGAGUCUGUAGCGAACAUCUUUCGACUAUUCAAGAUACCUCAAGUCAGUUAUGCAUCAACAAGCGAAGAACUAGACAAUCUACAUAAAUAUCCUUUUUUCUUCCGAGUGGUACCAUCUGAUCGUUUUCAGGUUCGAGUCAUUCUAGACAUCCUGUUUACAUUUCAGUGGACUUUUAUCUCCGCCGUGGCUUCGAAAGGAGAUUACGGAGAGACCGCUAUCCAGAGUUUACAAGGUCUUAUUCGGAAUACUACAUUCGAAGAAAUCUGUUUUGCUACAGUUCAGAUUCUUCCGAGGAAUCCGACUUCAGAAGACUAUGACUCAGCCAUCCACCAUCUUGAAGAGUACGAAAAAGCGAGAGUCGUAGUAGUAUUUUUGAAUGAAGAUAAAACUAAAGAUCUCUUAACUGCAGUAAGGCGCAAUCGAGUUCCUUCUGAGAGGUUUGUGUGGAUUGGGAGUGAUGGCUGGGGCGCCAAAACGUAUCCUGUGGAAGGAAACGAAAUGCAAGCGGCAGGUGCUAUUACCAUAUUACCAAAAAGAUUCCCAGUCAAGGCAGGUUUCAAUGAAUACUUCAAGUCACUGAAUCCACGUAAUAAUACCAGAAACAUAUGGUUCAAAGAGUACUGGGAGGCUCAGUUUGACUGCACGUUUAAUGACAGGAGUCUGUUAAGCGAACGGAAGAAACUCUGCACAGGCGAUGAAGACAUUGGAAAUUCGUUUCGUCAAGAAGGGUUGGUGCCAAUGGUCAUAGAUUCAGUUUACGUCUUGGCUAAUGCAAUAAGAUCUUUAUGUAAAGAAUAUCCCGAAUUCUGCACUGGUAAAGGCGAUAAAUACAGGAAUUUGUUGAAAGAAUACAUUAUAAAUACAACUUUUAGAAGCUCGCAAGAUCAUGAUAUGAUUAUUAGUUUUGAUUCUACAAGAAGUAUUCCCGUAAAUUACACUAUCUACCAGUUUAAAAAGGCUUAUAAAAUUGGAGACAUUUACGAAUACAAAGCUAUUGGAGAAUGGAACCCUUACACGAAAUUACGAAUGCGAUCCGCUCCAGUGUGGAAUUGGAAAGACUAUGUGGAUGAAUUAGGUAAGCCAGUGUCCAGUUGUAGUGAACAAUGCGAGCUCGGAGAGGAAAGGAUACGUAGUUUGCAUCUUCACAGACGCUGCUGCUGGACCUGCCGGCCAUGCGAGGCAGAGUACUUUCUUCCUGAUCCUUAUGGCCAUUGUACAGAAUGUCCACAAGGUCAAAUACCGAAUAGAGAUAAGACUUCUUGUAUAGAACUAAAGCCGGAAUACAUUGGUCGAAACCUCAACAGCCCGUGGGCUUUAGUGCCAUUCGUCUUUUCAUUGUUUGGUAUCCUAUGCACGUCUGCGGUAUUUGCCAUCUUCUUAAUAUAUCACAAGACUCCAAUUAUAAUGGCAUCAGGAAGAGAACUUUGUUAUAUUAUCCUGAUUGGGAUUACAUUUUGUUAUUGCUUCACUUUCGUAGUACUUUCACAACCAACAGAAGUUAGCUGUGGCAUGCUACGCAUUGGUAUGGGACUUGGCUUGGCGGUUUGCUAUUCGGCCAUCUUCACAAAGACCAAUCGAAUAUCUAGAAUCUUCAAUCGUAAUCUAAGGAUUACAAGACGUCCAUCCUAUAUAAGUCCUGAAUCUCAAAUUGUUAUCUGCCUAUGUUUAAUCCUCAUUCAAGUGACUUUGACAGUCUUAUGGCUCAUCAUUAAACCACCUUCCAUGAGACAAAUGCUACUGGAAAAUCCACGUGCGUGGGUUGUGGUGUGCAAUUACGAUGGAAUAUCUGUUAUUCUAGGAUUAUCAUAUAAUAUGGUUCUCAUUAUUCUGUGUACAGUUGCUUACAAAACCAGAAACAUUCCAGAAAACUUCAAUGAGUCAAAAUACAUUAGUUUUACUAUGUAUUCUUCUUGCAUAGUAUGGUUGGCUUUCGUACCAAUAUAUUGCAGCACAUGGCAGGACUACAAGGUUCAAUCAACAAUAUUAUGCAUGAGCGUCAGCAUAAGUGGCACUGUGACUUUGGCUUGCUUAUUUUUGCCUAAAAUUUACAUCGUUAUCUUUCGACCAGAAAAGAAUAUCCGCUAUCCGAGUUCUGCAAACAACACCGGGACUGGUAACUAUACCACUACACAGCCAGUAAGGUUUCUGAGACCAGUUCCAAACACGGAAUAAAUACAGUAGCUUUGCGGUGAGAAUAGCAUCAUGUCUGUGAUACAUUUUAUUUACAUUGCCAAACAUUUAAAAAAAAUAUUAUUAUUUACGACAUCAAAAGAAAAGAAGGCUAAUGCAUGGAAUUUUCACAAAAUUAAAUUCCAAUUAAUUGUUGAGUUAUUAAAUUUUAUUCCAUCAUGGCUUUGAUUUGGGACAGCUUGGUGGAACAGCCUGACAGCGUGGUUUUCCCUGGAUCACAUUUCACAAAGAUGCGUCGCAUUUUGUAUGUAAUGAUGCCUUUAAAUGCAGAUCGCAUAUUUUACUUCAGACAGAGAUAGAAUUCUUCAUAAUGAUGGUCAGGCACAAAAUUGCUAGAAUCUUUAUGAAAGUCAGUUUUAACUUUAAAAAAUUAACUUUCAUGAAGUUCCCAGCAAUAUUACAAAGCGACAUCACCGUGCAAGUCGAAUUUUUGUUUCCUUUUUUAAUCAGAAUUGCAAAUUCAGGUUCUACUUACAGAGAGCCAGGCUAACGGGACUUCAUAAAGGUUGCUUUAUAAAAUUAAAAACUGAUGUUCAUGAAAGUGUACCUUUACGCCUAGGCAUGGUUGUGAAUGUUUCAGCCUUGGAAAAUAUUGAUCGAUUAUGAAAAUAAGACCGAAGAUAAGAUUCGAAAACAGUUCGAUGAUAAUGAUGAACAUAUUCACAAAUUGUGCCAUCUUUCUGAAGGGGAACAGUUCUGAAAGGCAUCCAUUUUUCCCUUAUGUAACCCUGAUUUCCUCAGAAAAUUUUCCGCAGAUGUACAAUAGUAUUUUACGUUUCCCGUCUCGAGUGACUAGUCACUCUUAACUAACAAAUCCAUGUAAUAUAUUUCUUUAAAAAUCAACAUCCAUCAAAAAUAUCAGAGUUUGGAUAUAACCAGGUUGGAUCAGAGAGAUAUUGGAUAUAACUAAAAAAUUUACAGUGCAAGCAACAUUACUAGAUUGUGAAUGUACCAGAUGCAAGAGAGUAAAACUGUAAUGCAUAAGAAAGAUACUAUAAAUCUUAUCACAGUAAAACUGCCAUAGUUUAGAGACGUACUAGAGUCAUUCAGUGACAUUAGUACAAUUACAAUUAGUACAUCUACUAAUGUAACUCAGUGAGCUAGUCACAUAUAAACGUAUGUUCAUAAGCAUUUAUUAUCUAAAAUUUUAGUAAACAUCUUUCAAGUAUUUUGACGCAUAUUUUAUAUGUUUCUUUAGGAAAACUUCAUAAAUUCAGAAUAUAAAAUAUUUCAGGAGUUUAUGCAAUUCAUUCGACUCCAUAUGGUUCUUGUUUCACAACUUAUGUAAAAUAAUAUAACAUAUGAUUUCUUUUAUCUAACUAAUGAAAAGUUUGCUUUGUAAGUUAUUGUUUCAAAUAAAGAUAUAAUACAUCUAAAUGUUGCUAUAAUAUAAUCUGUACUUCAAAUCUAACGAAAUAUCAAGCUGUUCAAAUGAAGAAGCUUUUAGCCACAAAAAAAAGUGGAAGAGCAAGAAAACAUAACAGCUACAUAAUACGUAUAACAGCUUUAGUUUUUUUUUCCCUUUAUUUGUAUGAUAAAUGGUUGAAAAUUUUUAAUAAAGAAAUCUCCAUUACUAUUCAAAUUUAAAA